AUGACUGUUGACCUAACGAUAGCUGUUUCCGGACAAGCAGAAGCCAUGACCUACCAAUCUUCGCCAUGCCCGAUACUUCUGUGUGGAGCUCAAGUACUACGAGGGGGUCCUACCAUUGAUUUGGCUCUGGAUACUGUGCAUGCUUGGUUCAUGCAUCUAGGUGGUGGAAUGGAAGCUGUUCUCCAUUCUCUUAGUGCACGUCAUGAAAAACCUUAA